GGAACGCUGACAGUCUAAUCGUUUCAUAGGUACGUAUUAAGAACAUAUUUAUAUAGUUUACUCGGCAAAGAGACGGAUAAAUAAUAAUUUAGAAGCAACGAACAACCAGUUUGAAAAUGGCAACAAGCGGACAAGAACCUGAUCGGGAAGUUUCAAGUGAUAUGAUAGGAGAAUGUGUUGUCAUUAAAUGUUGCGAACCUUGUACGAGGAAACACACGUCCAGCAAUGCAACAAUUUUUUGUAAAACCUGUAACGAGCAUCUUUGCGAACCUUGCAGAAAUAUUCAUAUAAUUUAUAAAUCGGGCACACAUGAUACGGUUGCUAUUGAAGAUCUGGAUUCGAUACCAGUUGUUGUUACGAUGAAAGGUAUGGACAAAUGUCGCGACCAUAAUAAAACAAUCAAGUUUUUCUGUGAAGACCACUCGAAGCUCUGUUGCAAUACAUGUGCGUUCAUACACAGAAAGUGCGACAACGUCAAUGAACUGGCGAGUCUAUCAAACCUAGAAGGACUAGAGCUGCAAGAUUUAAACAAGACGCUACUUAAACUGACCAUCGAUAAUGUAUCCAUCAAAAGAAACUCAGAAAAGGCAUUAAGUGAGACAAAUGAAAACCUUCCAAAGCAGAUUGAUGAAAUAAAGGAUCGCAUUAUCGACAUACUUAAUAAGGAACAGAUAAAGAUAAUCAAAGAUGCAGAUAUAUUCAAAGCAGAGGAGAUGAAGCGAUUAGGCGAAAUUACUAAAGCGUGUUCACACAUGAAUUCAAACAUCAAUGAACUGAUACCGUUUAUUUCUGCUGUUGGCAAACAUGGCACAACUCAACAAAAGUAUAUUAUCACCAAAGUUAUCAAGGAUAACAUAAAAGAUAUAGAAACCCAGAUAACUGAAGAGCGAAACAAACAUGUCCAUUCAACUGUUUCCGUAGAGUUUUCAAAACAGUUAUUAUCCCUCCUUUCAGAGGAAAAAGGCUUUGUAAAACUGAAAGUAGAGCGACACUUUACGCACACAGAUGCUGUACAAACAAGUCCGACGGAAAUGCAAGAGUCGUCUGAAGUUAUUUCCAGCGCGCGCAACCCGACGUCCCCCCACAAUCGCAACCACCGCCGUUCACUCAAAAACCUGCCCGCCCGCAAACCAGAGCUCGCCCCAGAGCCUCCCACCGAGGAAACAAUCGAAAGACGCGAUACUACAUCUAUCAUGUCACUGCCCGUGACAACAGGUUGUUCGAGUGCCAGCGCUCAGGCAGCACCGAUUAAAGCAGUCACUCUUGAGCAGCUCUUGUCCGUGGAUAUAAAACAGACUGAAGAUGACGGGAAGGAACCUUUCCUCAGUGGACUUAAGUUCCUACCAGACGGGAGACUAGUUACCGUGGAUAACAACAACAAGAAAUGUAUCCUGAUGGAUGGUCGACUGCAGAUACAAGGAAAGCCGUACAAGUUCAAUAAAUACCCACGUGACGUUGAAUGUUUGUCUCAGUGUGAGCUGGCAGUAACAAUGUCUGGUAAGACUGUGUGUCUCUUGUCCGUGAGUCAUGACAAUGUCAUUGUGCUUACAAGGGAGAUUAAGACAUCCACUGAUGUCUUCUCAAUAUGCUGCAGGACCCCAACAAACAUGGUCUUUAGCACAUGCGACGAUUCACGUCCAGUGAGAAUGAUAACGCAGGCCGGUAUUGAGUCCGACUUUGAUCGAGUGCCGUUUACUAAGAAGACGUACAAACUUGGAGAGAGCAAGUGCACGUAUGUAACGUCAAAGAACACGUUGGUACUGACUGACAGGUAUGCGCACACAGUGUACAUGUACGACACCGUGAAAGGCACGUCCAGAGCAGUUACUAAUGCGAACAUACAGCAACCGGUUGGUGCAUGCGUCGGACCUGGUGACACAGUGCUGGUAUGCAGUGGGGCGAGGGACUACGUCGUUCACCUAACUGAUAAAGGUGAUAUACUAGGUACAUACCGUGUGGAUAUGACAUUGCCGUUUUCUAUGUGUAUGAAUAAGGAUGGGACCAGAUUGGCAGUAUCGAAUGGUACUAUUGGGAUGAGGAAAUUGAUGAUGUACAAAUUAUCAUAAUUAUGAUAUCGUCAAUAGCAAUUUAUCCUAUAAGUAAUUAUGCAUAUGUAAUAUGUAUUACUCUGUGUUUUUUUCUUAGUUGUUAAGUGAGUACUUACGUUUAUGCCUUUUUGUUAGAUGUCUUGGUUAAAUUUAUAAUUUACAUACUCACUGGUGUACAUACUUCAAUUUCACGAAUGAUGCAUCUUCUUAAAACACAUAUAUGUGUGUUUUAUAAAACAGUUAGAAGUUUGUGUUUUAUGCAUGAUUAUAAAAGUAAAGUCUUACCUCUGAUGAUGCAAAACCUCAAUUUAAUUUUUGCUCAGUCAAUUUAUGUAGUUCAUGUUUGAAAAAUUAGUAUAAACAGUAUGAAUCUUAAAAUUAUCGUUUACAUUAAAAUGAGAUAAUAUAAAUAUAAACUUAUCCAUACUUAAAUACAUUUACUUGUAUUGUUAUUGUUAAAAUUAUAAUUGGAAAAAUAUCACAGAUAUUGCCAGAACAACAUUAGACUUAAUUCCAUUGAUAGAAAACGCUAUACAUGUAUAUACGAUGAUGUCCGGUAAUAUUGCGCAGUUAAGGGUCAAUUGGUUUAAAAACAUGUUAUUUUAUUAAUUGACAACAUAAUAUCUAAAAAAUGUAUGACAAUAAGAAGUUCAUGUGCUUAUUAACAAAAAAAUAUCGGAUUAAUUCAGUGAAGAACUGUCCGAUUUGAUUUCAAAACAAACAUGACUCACCUCAUUUUCAAACUA